UUGAGCAGAGACCUGGAAGUAACUGGAGAAAUUGUUUUUACUCUUUGAACAUUACAAAACCUGGAAAACUGGACUACAAAUAAGAAAACUGACCUAAUAUCUGCAGAGUUGUGGACUAUAUUUUGGACUUUAGGAUAACUAACAGUAACGUUAGAGGGCGCCAUUACAGCGUCUAGUCUGCUGAAUUCAACGAAGAAGAGUUUUAAAGCUUGCUAACCAGCUGCUCAUGUAAACAACACUGAAGAAUGUGAUUUGGAAGUUUUAUUUUAUAACCAUUUCCCUUUUUGCUCACCAUGGCGCAGCUGGCGGAGAAAGCGUAUUUCCGCUUUUUGGUGCUGUUCUUCAACUGUCUGCUGACAUUUGGCUCCUACUUCUGCUUCGACAUCCCCAGUGUUUUGCAGGAUCAGUUCCAGGGGAACCUGACAUGUUCCAAUGUGACGGUGAUCAACGGCACAGUGGACUGUGUGGAGGGACUGGGGAUGAACCCUCAGCAGUACAAUCUUCUUUACGCCAUCUACGCUUGGACGAAUGCAGUCGUUGUGAUCAUGGCCGGCUUCAUGAUUGACAAACUAGGAAACCGCUUUGGAGUAUUUCUGUUCUCCUUCCUGUGUGUUUUGGGCUCUUCACUGUUUGCAUUGGGUUCCCACUUCAAGGGAACCCCCUAUCUGCUGCCACUGAUGCUCACAGGCCGACUGCUGUUUGGAUCAGGAAAUGGAUCUCUGACCAUUGUUCAGAACCGCAUCACAGCGUUCUGGUUCAGAGGGAAGGAGCUGGCCCUGGCGUUCGGUCUGACGCUGGCUUUCUCUCGCCUCGGCUCAGUCCUGAACUUCUUCCUCACACAGAAGUUUGAGGAACAAUAUGGCAUGCAGUGGACACUCUGGGGUGGUACACUCCUGUGUGUGCUGGGCUUUGUUUCCGCCAUCCUUGUCAGCGCCCUGGAUAAGAUAGGAAUGAAGCAGCUGGGACUUGAUGGCGCCAUCCAAGAGGAGUCCCGCAAAGUGAGGAUUCAGGAUGUGAAGCUCCUGUCUCUAAGAUAUUGGCUGCUGGUUCUCACCAUCAUGUUCUUCUAUAACGGCAUCUUCCCGUUCAUUGCAGAUGCCAGUAAAUUCAUUCAGGAUAAGUACGAUGGCUACAGUCAGAAGGAGGCGGCUUAUAUCGCUGGCGCUGUUUAUGACAGCUCACUGGUCCUCUCAGCCAGCGUGGGCAUCCUCAUAGAUUUUGUGGGUCUGCGGGGCAUUUUUGCUCUGGCCUGUGCCAUCUUCACGCUGCCUGUGUUCGGACUGCUGGCCUUCACCUUUGUCCCUCCUCUGGUCUCCACCAUAUGGCUCGGAGUCACCUACUCAUUCGCUGCUGCCAGCAUGUGGCCGUCGAUCCCCCUCGUGGUGCCUCAGGCGACUCUGGGAACAGCCAUGGGUCUGGCCACCUCCGUACAGAUGGUCGGGAUCGGUGUAUCCAAUCUGGUCGUUGGGCAGAUUUUGGGCUCCAAGUCGAGUGAAACUAAAAUACCUCUGUGGCGCUGGCAGAGGAUGAUGAUCUUCAUGUUGGCCAACACCAUCGGCUGCAUCGUCACCUCAGUGGUGCUCAACGUUGUCGACCGCAGACAGGGCGGGACCCUGAACAAGACAACCAAGAAGUCGCAGCAUGCGGAGGGGGAGUCGGACAGAGAGCCCCUCACCCAGGGAGAGGAGGAGCAAGGAGAGGAGGAGGAAGAGGGAGGCGAGGCGGUUAGAUCUCCUUCUAUCAACUCCUAAAUUUGAACAUUUCUCUUUUUUAUAUGCGUUUUUGAAAUGUACCACAAUUGGUUUUAUUGCACAACUCACUGAAAACCAUGUAACAGUGGAUGAUGGACAUUGUAAUGAUAGCAAACAAAUGAAACCUUGUUUUUACAGUAUUAUUUACAACUAAAUAGUAUCAAUACAUUUUAUUAAAUGUUAACUAGGUAUUGCUGAUUUUUCAGUUAUACAGUUAAACAAUAGCUAUCAACUGUAAAACCAUAAGUGAACAUGUCAACGUUACCGAGAUCACUAAAUAAUUGUAAUAUCAAUUUACCAUGCAUGUCAAUAUGUAACUUUUAGUUUUUUUAUGACUUUCUGAUGAAGAAUUGAAAUAUUUGUACCUCCUCUCUGUAAUUGUACAGUUAUAGAUUUUACCUUGUCCUUAAAAGAAGGGAGUUUGAUUUAUUUUACACUGCCAAAGCAGCAAAAG